AUGGGAGACGACGACGUGAACGUCAUGGCGACGAACAUGACUCUGGAAUUUCGGCAUGGAAAAGGCAUAGACCGGAUCCCGACCACCUGGUUUGCCUCGGGGGAUCCCAUCGACUCGUUCAUCUGGGCUCAUGUCGGGUUCAUGGUCACUGCUUUCGCAGUCGUCUUUCCCAUCGGCAUGGUCUUGGGCCUGGGGAAAUCGCGGUGGCAUGUCCCAGUCCAGAUCUUUGGGUUGGUAUUGACUGUCAUCGGCUGGGUACUACCCUCGUUCCACGGAGGGAGGCAGUACCUGAAACCCAACAUCCACGCAUCAUUCGCAAAGUGGCUCCUCUUUGCCAUCGUCGCUCAGGCUGCAAGCGGGACAUAUUUGAGCUUGCGGCUGGAAGGCCCUCGGCAUCGGACAAUCCGAAAGAUACUGCAUCGCUGGCACGGUGUUGCGGGGAAGUUGAUGCCUGUCGCCGGGUGGACGCAGAUGAUGUUCGGAGGAGAGACGUCACAAGGUUUCUGCCACGGCGACUGGCUCCCCAUGUGCGCCGGUCAUGUCUCGAUGGGAUCGAUCAUGAUCGGAACGGGAAUCAUACUCGUCAUCAUCACCAUCGACGGCGAGAGGAGGAUACGGAAGACGGGGAGAUCGUUGGAUUUCUAUGCUUGCGCCACCAUCGCAGCAUCUGGGUGCGGCAAACUGACCUGCUGCCAAAAGAUUCCAGGCUCCGAGUGGAACCACCGCGAGUAUAGUCACGUCGCCUUUGGGGUUUUCUGGUGGAUAGCCGGUAUCGUCGGCCUUUGGCAGACCCGCAAACAUGACCAGCGGACACCCAUCCCCGGAGUGGUGUUCUUGGUGACAGGAUGGUACUUCAGCAUGCACGAGCAGCCAAACCCCAUGGCAAAGCAUGUGCAUGAGAUCCUCGGGUGCGUCAUGAUGACUGCUGGAGCGAUACACUUUGUGGAGAUUGCCUAUUUCACGAGAGAUCGUGAUUCCAGCACCGCGACGAUUGACUCGAGGCCUCACAAGAGUCCGAAUCCGUCCGAGUUUGUCUUUUCGUUUUUAAUCAUAGUCAUGGGCGUCAUCAACAUAUACGCGCCUCCCCAAACCCUGUGGCUCUUCAAUUACUGGGGCCUGGACCACAUCUCGCUGAUGCUGAUCUGGUUCUCGAUAGCCAUGGGCAUCAUGUGUUAUACGCUUAUGCUCGUCCAGCUCUACCGGAGCCUCAAAGCCGCGGAAAGGCAUUCGAGGCGGGCUGGUCACGAUGACGAUCUUGGAAUCAUGCAUAAUAAUACAGAGAUCUCUGGUCUCUUGGGGACGGAUGCAGCACUAGGUGAUGGUGAUAGUGAUGAAGACGAGGUAAAGAUAUAG